ACUUACUCCCAGAUCGACUCCCAGACUGACUCCCAGACUGACUCCCACUCUGACUCCCAGACUGACUCCCAGACUGACUCCCACUCUGACUCCCAGACUGACUCCCAGACUGACUCCCAGACUGACUCCCACUCUGACUCCCAGACCGACUCCCAGACUGACUCCCAGACUGACUCCCACUCUGACUCCCAGACUGACUCCCAGACUGACUCCCAGAACGACUCCCAGAACGACUCCCAGAACGACUCCCAGAACGACUCCCACUCUGACUCCCAGACUGACUCCCAGACUGACUCCCAGACUGACUCCCACUCUGACUCCCACUCUGACUCCCAGACUGACUCCCAGACUGACUCCCACUCUGACUCCCACUCUGACUCCCAGACUGACUCCCACUCUGACUCCCCGCCGGGCUCCCCGACUGACUCCCACACUGACUCCCACACUGACUCCCAGACUGACUCCCAGACUGACUCCCACUCUGACUCCCACUCUGACUCCCACUCUGACUCCCAGACUG